AUUCUUGUCUAAAGUUCCCCACUUCAUGCACUCAUCAUCAUCACAUCACAUUAUUUUUCUUACAAUAGUUCCCUUCAAUCACAAUUCCUUAGAUAUAACACAUGUUGAGCUUCGUACAAUUAAAGAUUUGUUAAUAAACGAUUACCUAACAAACGAAAUAAUUUGAAAAAGCGUAAGAAAUCUGAACAAGAAAUGUAUUAGCACCAUGGUUGUCCUACACUAAUUCGUCAUUACGAAGCAAUUACUGCUCAUCAGUUAUCAUGUAUUUCGCGAAUAGUUAAGUGUUAAAAAUGUAUCGCAUUUUAUUUCUUUUAGGCUCACUUAUAUCGGUAGAAUGCCAAGUGUGUACCAAGAGAGUAAUGAGCAGUCGAUGGGUUCCACAAACUUAUGUGAAGACGUACAGGGAAAAUUAUCGUGCCCAAUGCUGGUAUGGGAGUUGUACGAGGUCGAGGCUAGCUACCUAUGUAGACAGCAAGUGGGUCCAGAAAAUUUUUGUCGAAAAUAAGAAGACGUGUUGCGAUGGUUAUAUUCAAAUGGAUAAUGACGAACUAGAAGAUAACAUCCAAUGUAAUCCUAUUUGUAUACCAGCUUGUAAAAAUGGCUAUUGUGACAAACCGGGAGAAUGCAAGUGCAACGAUGGUUAUUUCUUCAAAACUCACAGCACCUAUGAAUGCCUGCCAUCCUGUAAAAAUGAUUGUGGACGAGGCCAUUGUAGUGCGCCAGAAACAUGCGAAUGUGACUUCGGAUACGUUUUUCAAAACAAAACAUGUCAACCAAUUUGCAAUGAGCCCUGUAUAAAUGGGACUUGCAUCGCACCAGAUACCUGUGAAUGUAAUAUUGGCUAUCGUAAGUCUGAGGACAAUACUUGUGCACCAUAUUGUUUUAAGGGAUGUACACACGGAACAUGUGUUAGCCCAGAAGUUUGCCAAUGCGUCGCUGGAUUCAAAAAGUCUGAAGAUGAAUGUGUACCACAUUGUGAUAGUGAUUGUGGAUAUUAUGGUAACUGUACUGCACCAAACGAAUGUACAUGUAUUGAAGGAUAUAAAGUAGAAAAUAAAACUUGUAUACCGCACUGCGACGGCGCGUGCGAUCAUGGCAAAUGUAUUGCUCCAAAUACGUGUGAAUGCGACGAUGGUUGGUCCAAUGUUUCUGGUGUUUGUCAACCAAUUUGUUCAAUCCCUUGUCAAAAUGGUACUUGUAUUGGGCCAGAUGAGUGUCUGUGCGAAACUGGGUAUGUGAAAGCUGAAAAUGGUUCCUGCACUCCUUAUUGUGCAGAAUGUGAUCAUGGCAAAUGUAUUGCUCCAAAUACGUGUGAAUGCGACGAUGGUUGGUCCAAUGUUUCUGGUGUUUGUCAACCAAUUUGUUCAAUCCCUUGUCAAAAUGGUACUUGUAUUGGGCCAGAUGAGUGUCUGUGCGAAACUGGGUAUGUGAAAGCUGAAAAUGGUUCCUGCACUCCUUAUUGUGCAGAAUGUGAUCAUGGCAAAUGUAUUGCUCCAAAUACGUGUGAAUGCGACGAUGGUUGGUCCAAUGUUUCUGGUGUUUGUCAACCAAUUUGUACAAUCCUUUGUCAAAAUGGUACUUGUAUUGGGCCAGAUGAGUGUCUGUGCGAAACUGGGUAUGUGAAAGCUGAAAAUGGUUCCUGCACUCCUUAUUGUGCAGAAUGUGAUCAUGGACGAUGCGUUGCUCCUGAUGUUUGUGAAUGUGAUGAUGGUUGGGUCAAAAAUAACUCAACCUGUACUGCGUUAUGUAAAACACCUUGUGGAGAGGGCAUCUGUGUGCAACCAAAUGUGUGUAAUUGUAGUUCAGGAUAUAAACAAGACAUUCGAGCAAUAGACGGUGAAAUUUGUGUUCCUGACUGUGACUUAUGUAAUAAUACAUGUGUGGAACCUGAAUGUGUGUGUGAUUAUCCAUGUUGCAACAGUGUGGAUUGUAUUAAAAUAUAUCGCACGGAAGGGACAACAACGGUAGAAGACAGUACGUCUACGGAAAAUUAUACAAAUAGUACAAACUACAUGAAUACAACAACGAGUAUAGAUAAUUCUGUAAUCUAUUAUGAUGAUAUAUCAACUGACAAUAUUUCGACCACAGACAAAGAAGAACUAUUAAAACAAACAAAAGACGAGCAUGCAGGAUAUCCAUUCUGGGUGUAUUUUCUUCUCCUAGGCCUAAUUUUAGUAGCACCAUUUUCUGUGUAUAUUAUAAUUUUUGCAAGCAGAAAAAAGAUGAAGCACUAUUUUAAAGGUGGUAGCUAUGAAAUAGAUGAUCGCUACCCUCGAUGCAAGGAUUUGACAAUACCUCAAUCUAUGUCUGGCAGCUUAUCUUCGAUUCUUUCAUACUCUGAUAUUAAGAACAGAAAAGAAGCGGUUGAUCAGUAGGAUUAUAAAUGAUGAGAAGGAUUAUAUAUAUAUAUAUUUACAGUGAUAAUUAUGUCUUUUAAGGAAUAAAUUGAGCUGCUAUUUAAUGUUUUAAUAAACAUACAUAAAUUUUAAUAGUUUUUUUAAGUAUUGUCGCCAUCUAUACGACUUCAUUGAAAACUAAAUAAAUAUGACCAACAGACUGAAGAAAUAGUAGCGACAAUCGACACUAGAUAGCGAUGUCAUUUAUUUAAUGUUAAAUUAUUUAAUUUAUAGACAAUUACGUAUUGUA